AUCAUGUAGUCACUGAGUGUGUCUGUGUAUGCGUGUUGCUAUUUUGCAAGUGUUUGUAAUUCUCCUGUAAGCCGAGUAUUCCAUUCCUGAAGGACUCAGUAUAUAACCACCUGAACCAGAUCAUGAUUUUACAGGGAAGCAGUACUAUGAAUAUUAACCUUACUGCCAACCCACACCAACCUGCCUGGACCAGUCCCUAUAUGGCGUGUGAUGGAUUCUACGGAAGUCAGUGGCAUGAGAUUCCACCUCAGUACUGGACCAAGUUCCAUGUAUGGGAAUGGCUUCAGCAACUCAUGGACAGCAACCAGUUGGACGCAAGCUGCAUCCCCUUCCAAGAGUUUGACAUCACCGGGGAACGUCUGUGCAGCAUGACUCUACAAGACUUCACCCAGGCAGCGGGCUCAGCUGGACACAUCUUAUACAGCAACGUACAGAAUAUCAAGUGGCAUGGUCAGUAUGGAAACCAGAUGCUCCAGUCGCUCAAUGUUGUUAUAAAGGCAGAGCAUACAGAACCUCUUGCAGUUACUCCUUGGAAAGAAGACGGUUAUUCAUACGAUAACAGCUACGAUGAAAUGUAUGAGAGUAAAGCGUUUGGUCGAAAUCAGUUGCCGGUGGCUUCACGGUCACCAAAUCCCUAUACAGUGGGUUAUACAGAACCUGACGUAAAGAAAUCACACGAACAUCAUCAGAAAAGCAGCUCCAAGAAGCACAAUCCCCGAGGGACACACCUAUGGGAAUUUAUACGGGACAUUCUGCUGACACCAGAGAAGAACCCUGGUUUAAUUAAAUGGGAAGAUCGUUCGCAGGGGGUGUUCCGGUUCCUGAAAUCGGAAGCUGUCGCUCAACUCUGGGGAAAGAAAAAAAACAACAGCAGUAUGACGUAUGAGAAAUUAAGUCGCGCUAUGAGGUACUAUUACAAGAGAGAAAUACUGGAACGGGUGGACGGACGGAGAUUGGUAUACAAGUUUGGAAAAAACGCUCGCGGUUGGAAGGAGAAUGACAGCUGAAAUCUUAGAACACUGUGAAACAAAGACAAUGUAUUGUUAUUUAUCUAUCAAAAAUGACAAAAAAAAAACCACAAAAACAAUGAGGACAUCAACAUUAAGGAAAACAUUCAGACUUUGCGUCUUCUGAAGCUAUUUUUCUGUUGAUUUCUUUUGGAAGAGACGCACCCAGUUUUCUGUGAAAUGUGGCAUUAAAGGAGGUAUAUGUACUUUAACAUUUUGCAAUGUGCUUGUGAUUCUAAGCUCAUAAUAAUGGAUCAUGGAAGGAGAGAAUUAUUUAUAAAGGAUGUUAUAAAGCAGGAAUAUCUUCUGCACACCUGUUGGUUUUAUAAACAGUGACAGGUGACAUAUUGUGUGCAUAUAAACAACCUAUUAUAAGGUCCUCAAAAACACUAGCACACAGGUUUUAUGUUAUUAACUCAUGCAGUGCAAAAAUAUUUUACUAUCUACUGACCCUAGCCAGUGGCCUCUUAUAUUUGAAUGGUGGUCUUAUGAAAAAGAGCUUACAGCACCACCAUAAACACUGAGGCCAGUAAGGGGUACUGCGACUAAAAGGUGCCAUUGAAGUCGUAUUAACUAUUAAAUCAAGUUUUCUUGGUGAUUGUAGAAAAGUGUUAGAAAAUGCAGAUUUUUUUUCAUAGUAAGGGAUAUAAAGUAAUUAUUUUUUUUGCAAUAAGUGAUCAGUAAGGGAUAUGUUAUAAAGCACACACUAUAUACAUAAAAUAUGUAAAUAAAAAUAUUUUGUAACAAAUGUGAACUUUUAGGGAAUUUUUGAAACUGUGUCCAGCAGCCAUUGAGGGUGUCAGGGCGGACUUCUGAAUUGUAUGUGUCUGAGCCAGGAGGAUCUCAGAUGGUGGUGAGAUAGGAACUGAUUUAGAAUUUUCCGAUUUGGUGAAUUUUGUUUCCGAGCGUUGCUAUUUUUGGCCUUAAAGUUCGACUCGUGUAAUUUCACCGCAGCUCACUGUUUAGUGGAUAACUCCUUGUUAGUGACAGAAAAGCAGGCCCGCCACAGAUUUCAGGAUUUCUUUGCUCAGUUGCUGUUUUUGGAUGUUUCAGAGUCAAUGCUUCUACUUGGAAUUCCGGUUGUUUAUAUGAGAUCACCUGGCUCAUUAAGUUUUGUUUUCCUACUGGAAUAGUCUGACUGCCAAACGUCUACUAAACUGUAUACUGCAUUACACGGGCUGUUUGUUAUAUGGUAGUUUCAAGUAUAGAAUUAUAUAGUGAUAUAAGGUGAAAAAUGUGUCUUUCAAGUUCAGCGUUUCAUCCAUCUCUGUUACUGCUGUUCAUCCAAAAGUAGGAAAAACCCCACUUUAAAAUUAUUUUCCAAUUUGCCACAAGAUGGGUAAAUUCCUUCCUAAUUACUCCAUAAUGGCAGUCUGGUUGAACAAACUGUUACCCCACUUAUAAACUAUCAUAUCUUUGGGUGUUCUAUUUUUCCAAAGAAAUAAUCCAGACAUUUACAAUAAUUACAGAAUCUGAUAAAACAACCAUUUAGACAGAGAAUUACACACCUCAUUGUUCUCACUGUAAAAAACAUUUUUGUCUGCUCUACGUGAAAUCUUCUCUCUUUAAGUCUAAAUGGGUGACCUCUUGUUCUUUUGUCUAUUAUUCACUUCUUCCCUAAAACAGACAUGUAUGUUAUAAACAUAUAAAAGUGUCGCCAAGAUUAAAUAAAUGUCACUGCCACAAUACUACCAUCUGUGUACCUUCUAAAUGUUAUUAGUACAAAUUCAAAAAUAGUUCACAACAGAACAAACAAAUUAAAAUCUAAUAUUUAAAGAAUUGACUUCAUACUAUGUAUAAAAUAAAACAUAGACGUGAUGCAGCCAGCUUUUGGUGUUUUCUGUACAGUGAACAUAAUACAACGUCUAAAUUUCUUAUCCUAAAUGUUGGCGUGAACAUGUUGAUUAGAUAAUCUCCACCCCAAUAUCCUGUCCUCCUGGCCUGAUUAAUGAUAUGAUUGACUAGCAUUACAAAAUAUUAUGCAAUCCUGCUAGUUUAGCAAUCAACACACGCCUUGGAGGCCUUGCAUUUUUCUUAGUCAUUAGCCAAAGGUAUAAUUCUUCAUUAUUCACCUGUGAAUCAUAAUUAACCAUAGGCCCACUCAUCGGAGUUUAGUAAAUAAAUUCCACUAGAAGAGGGAGGAAAUGCAAAAACACAUACAUAGUAAAAUGUAAUUCAUAACGUUCGCACUACUGGUAUUAAAAAAAAGCCAUAGUCAAAUUCAAACGUCAUGGGAUAUCAUAACCUAAAAUAAGAUGAAGUUACAAUACUGAAGUCAAGUAUAUAAAGGAUUUUACUUUUUUUUUUUAAAAAAACACACGGUGGAGUGUGCUGUCAGCGCCUUUCAACAUCGCCAUUUGUGGUAGUCAAAGAUGGCCAUAAAAAAUUUGAAAAAAUUUCUCAUCUCAUUGCUGGAUGUAAAAACA